AUGCAUUUUGUGAAGAAAGUACCCACCAGUGAUGAGGAAAAGGCAGCAAAAGAAAAAGAAAGAGCCGCAAAGCUGAAGGUGUUUUGCACAGUCCGCGAUCGCAUUUUUGAAAAAAGAGCCAAAGGUGAGCUGGACGACGAAAUUUUGAGUUUAACGCAGAGGUUGUUGGAGAAGAAUCCUGACAUUUACACGUUUUGGAAUAUAAGAAGAGAAACGAUUGAGAAAAAGAUUAAAGAGUGGAAAGAAUGCGAGUCCACGACUGAGGACGAUUCCUGCAAAGAAAAAUGCAGAAAGAAGGCUGAAAACAUUUUGUCAGGAGAGCUGUUUCUGACGCAGGCAUGUUUGGAGGAGGAGAACCCCAAAUCGUACUCGGCUUGGUUCCAUCGUGGUUGGACCUUGCACCGACAAGAGCAUCCGGAUAUCAAGCGUGAGCUAGCGCUUUGUGAGAAGGCGCUUAAGUUGGAUUGCAGAAAUUUUCACGUAUGGGAUCACCGACGCGUUGUUGCAAAGCUAGGUAAUCUUGGAGAAGAGGAGGAGCUCGAGUUUUCGAACCGUCUCAUCGGUCAGAACUUCUCUAAUUAUUCCGCAUGGCAUUACCGGGCUGUACUACUCCCAAAGAUUCAGAACAGUAAGACUGGCGAAUUUCGGCUCGACGAUUCUGUGAUUGCUAGUGAAUUGAAGAAAGUGACGUCCGCCUUCUUUACCGAUCCUGACGAUCAAAGCGCAUGGGUAUAUAGUCGGUGGCUCCUCGAAAUGGGCUCAGAAAAAGAGUUUUUGAAGCCAGACUCAGCUUCUCCAGCUGCUCCGCUGUCUGUAUCCUUUCACGGCAAUAACACAACCUUUGUCAUGUCAAAGGCAUGCACCUUCGAUGAACUACUACCGUUUGUGGCGUCAUAUUCAGAAGCAUCUUGGCGAGGGAUUUCCGCGUUCUCUACACAGCCAGCGUCGGCGAGAAUCUGGCAGUGUAUGUCCGAUGUGCCGUGUACUGUGCGUCUCAACGUCGAUGAAGAGAAAGUAGUAGAUGUCUCGGAAAAGCCAUAUGUCAACAAGGAACUUCUCCGGAGGGCGUUUGACUUGACGAUUCGCAAACCGAAUGUUGCCAUAACGACCAUAACGGACAACUGCAAGCAACUGAUGGAAAUGGAGCCUAAAAACAUGUGGGCUCGCUAUAUGUACACCUUAUGCCUAAUGGAAACUCGCCCAGCGGAGUGUCAUACAGAGAUUUUGGAAAAUUUAGGGAAAUUGGCCACUGAACUUGAUGAGAAAAGAAAAGAGAUAUACAAAAAAUUGGCUUCGCGUCAAAUAUUGAACCGAAUUCUUCGAGAAGAAGUUGACGGUUGUCCACUUCUUGAGCUGCUUAUGGAUGGCAAGCAGAGUGAUCUGGCGAUUCGAAACGCUCAAAUAUCGAGCUUGGAUGGAAAGGGGGGGGGGUGGGCAAUUCUGGCAGGUUUAGUAACCCAUCUGGACGUCAGCGGCAAUCAGCUGUCAAGUCUCGAUGAAGUGUUAUUGCCAAAUCUUGAGUAUCUCACAGCCAACGAAAAUCCCAUCAAGAGACUAUCCGCCACUUCCACUUUGUGCAACCUGAAAUUCCUUUCGCUAGGCGCUUGUCAGCUGGAUGAAGCAGAAUGUGUUUUGCCUGCUCUGAGGGGCAUGUGUUCGUUGGAAAGAUUCCUCUACUGCGAGAAUCCUCUAGUCGAAAAGACUAAGGAAUUGCAAGAGGAACUGCCAUCAAUUAGGUUGAUCCCUUACUAUCUGUGA